CCCAUGCCUCAGGAAGAGCAGACUCUCGGGAUGGACACCCCACCCCCUGAAGAACUUUUAGAUAAGCGAAACGAAAAGCUGAAAACCCAGGACGAGGAGAUGGAGUUUCAGAUGGACGGCCUGAGGGAAGCCCUGGCAAACCUGCGGGGACUGUCAGAGGAGGAGAAAGGAGAGAAGGCCUUGCUUCACUUCCGUAUCCAGGAGCAGUCCCAGCUCAUCUGCAUCCUAAAGCGCAGGUCGGAUGAGGCCCUGGAGCGCUGCCAGGUCCUUGAGCUGCUCAACACCGAGCUGGAGGAGAAGAGGAUGGAGGAGGCCGAGAAGCUGAAGGCCCAGAGCGAGUAUGCCCAGAGGCUGGAGGAUCGCUUUAAGACUCUGGUAGCCAACCAUGAGAUGAUGAUCCGCUUCAAGGAUGAACACAAGAGUCUGAACGUCAAGCUGAGGGAGGAAAAUGAGAAGCUGAAGAUGGAGAACAGAAACCUUUUCAGCCAGGCUCUGCAGGAGAAGGAGGCCAAAGUACUGCAGCUCACUGCCCACGGCGAGGCCCUCACCCAGGAGCUGGAGGCCCUGAAACACAGGUGUAUGCAGGACGCCUGCCAGGCCCAGGCCAGGGAGAAGGAGCUGCUGGAGCUGCAGGGGCAGCAGGCCCGCGCCCAUGCCAAGGAGACAGAGCAGCUGCGCAGCCAGCUGCAGAUCCUCAAGCAGCAGCAGCAGCAGGCUGAGGAACAGAUGGCGAAGGCCCAGGAGACACACAGCCGCCUGAGCCAGGAUCUGCAGGCCAGGCUGCAGACCAUCACGCGUGAGAAAGAGGAGCUGCUGCAGCUGUCCAUGGAGAGGGGCAAGGUGCUUCAGAACAGGCAGGCGGAGAUCCGCCAGCUGGAGGAGAAGUUGGAGAUCGCUGCGGUGGCCAGGAAGCACGCACUGGAGAGGUUCGAGCAAGAGGCAGUGGCUGUGGACAGCAACCUGAGAGUCCGGGAGCUUCAGCGCAAGGUGGAUGGGAUCCAAAAGGCCUACGAUGAACUCCGGCUGCAAUCGGAAGCCUUCAAAAAGCACAGCCUGGAUCUUUUAAGCAAGGAGAGAGAACUCAAUGCCAAACUCCGUCACCUCUUUCCAUAA